AAUGAUAAACUGAUUUCCUAUAUGAACAAUAGGAAACAAAAUAGUUUUUCCACAUAGGUUUGAUCCCUUUUAGGUUCUUGCAAAUUGUAGCUUUAGUGUCUUCCUGGUUUGUUUUGGCACAAAACUCAAAAGUGAAGCUUGAAUAGCAUGAUAGCUUGAUCCUUGGCAUUUUAUGGAUGAUUAACUCAUGAUGAUGUUUAUUAUAAGGGUUUCAUUGGGAUGCAAGUAGAACUUUAUUUUGGCGAGGAUGAUGCUUGUUCAUCAGUGGAAUAUUACAGCCCCAGGAAUGAGGUAGAGGCUCUUAAUUCAAUCCUUUUGCCUCUUGACGUUUCAGUCUCAAGUGGUAUGUGCAUGCAAAUGAAUGUCCUGCAAGAACUUCGGGAAGCAAUUAUUGGUAUGAUCCGUGAUUUUGGGGAAAAAAAUAGUGUGAAGACUACAAUUUUAGAAAACCACAGCUGUGGUAAAGAAGAAUGUUUGUUGCAAUGGGGUGAAAACAAUGGCAUAAGGACAAGGUUGCAGAUAGCUUAUGUCGAAGGUGCUGGUAGAGGAGCCAUAGCAAGAGAAAAUCUAAAUGUUGGAGACAUUGCUGUGGAGAUCCCUGUAUCUACUGUCAUUUCUAAGGAGCUAAUCCGUGAAUCCAACAUGGUACAUUUCAGACUUCCAUAAAUGAUUCCUACUUUGAGUUUGAACUUCUAUGAGAGACAAGGAAAUGAAAGUUAAAUGAAAUGAAUCUUCAUUUGUGUGGGAACAUGGAUCACAUAUCUAAAAAACUUGUCACACAGAAAACAAUAGAUGGGUGAUGAUUAGUAAGAAAAAUGUAUUCUUGGCUACAUGAAUUUCUAAUUAUCCCUGCAAUAUGUAGAGAAAAUUCCUUGCGGCCAUUUAUGUUUUACAAAAUGAGAUAUGCGGAGGUAAAAGGAAGCCAUUUCUAAGUAAACAACUAAACUAAUCACUAGGAAAUAUUCAGAAAACUAUUAAUUCAGUUAAACAAACUUACAUAACAUAUAAGAGAAGGGUUAAGUGUAAUUCCUCACCAGUCACCAUAUAUGGAUAAAAAAAUUUGUUCACUCUGUGCAUCAAAGACACUGUUUGAGAUGCCCAUGAGAGACAUGGUUAUAAGAUGUCUAUGCCAAUGGUUAAUGGUAGUAGAUUAGCAUUAAGAUGGAUUUUGGAACCAGGUAUCAAGUACUAUGCCAAUGCUGCUUUACCUUCACACAAGGUGUCAUUUCAGUUUUUUAGGCCCUUCUCAUCUCUAUGCUUCUAUUUCUACAUUGUCCAGUUGGAUAAUCUCUAUAGUGGAGUACAUGGUUUAUGGUUUAUGGUAGUAGAUUAGCAUUAAGAUUAGGAUUUUGAUCAUGCAUGGUUCUUGUACUGAUUCAUUUCUCUUCUUCUUCUUCUUCCUUUUUUUUCUCCUUUAAUCUAGUUAAAAUACUAAGUUCCUUUAUGUUAA